AUGCCUUCGGCACUGGACAUAGACCCAUUCAGCCAGCCCGAAUGGAGUGAUUCGAGUGACUCGACGGAGCCGGGCCCCCUGCCGCAGCUUGGGUACUUCGUUCCCGUGCGGUGCAGGUGCGACCGAGUGACGCAUCACGUGUGUCGGAGAAGCAGACGAGAAUCUCCCCGGUCGCGUCGCUCGGUGUCGCAAUGCUCAUGCAACAGCAUGUCGCGUCGCUCGUCGGCGGCAGCGUCGCCGAUGCCGCUUCCCACUCUCAACAACACCAUGGAGAUGUACGUCGAGCCCGUCGUCGAGGACGUGAGUACCUUUACGUUUCACAUAAAUAAAACCUUUUUCACUAUCAACCAGUAUAUAUUUGUCCUUCUCGCCGACCGCGAAAAUUUCAAAAGCUAG